UCCUGUCCCGUUACCGCCUCCUGGCCCGGCCUCGCGCCUUUCACCGGCACCUUGCGUCGGUCGAGCAGCCGGGCCUGCUCCUGCCACGCGCGCCCCGGGAGCUCCGGCGCCGGCGCCGGCUCGGGUCGCGCCCCGUCGCUUCGCCUGCUCCCCGAGGCCGCUGGGCCGCUGCCGCCAUGGGUGCCUACCUCUCCCAGCCCAACACGGUGAAGUGCUCCGGGGACGGCGUUGGGGCCCCGCGCCUCCCGCUGCCCUAUGGCUUCUCCGCCAUGCAAGGCUGGCGCGUCUCCAUGGAGGAUGCUCACAACUGUAUUCCUGAACUGGACAGUGAGACAGCCAUGUUUUCUGUAUACGAUGGACAUGGAGGAGAGGAAGUUGCCUUGUAUUGUGCCAAAUAUCUUCCGGAUAUCAUCAAAGAUCAGAAAGCCUACAAGGAAGGCAAGCUACAGAAGGCUUUAGAAGAUGCCUUCUUGGCUAUUGAUGCCAAACUGACCACUGAGGAAGUCAUUAAGGAGUUGGCACAGAUUGCAGGAAGACCUACUGAGGAUGAGGAUGAAAAAGAAAAAGUAGCUGAUGAAGAUGAUGUGGACAAUGAGGAGGCUGCAUUGCUGCAUGAAGAGGCUACCAUGACUAUUGAAGAGCUGCUGACACGCUACGGGCAGAACUGUCAAAAGGGCCCUCCCCACAGCAAAUCUGGAGCUGGGACAGGCGAGGAACCAGGGUCCCAGGGCCUCAAUGGGGAGGCAGAACCUGAGGACCCAUCUAGGGAAACUCCUUCACAGGAAAAUGGCCCUACAGCCAAGGCCCACACAGGCCUUUCCUCCAACUCGGAACGUGGGAUUGAGGCAGGCCCAAUUGGAGAGCCUGGCACUCCCACUGGUGAGGCUGGGCCUUCCUGCUCUUCAGCCUCCGACAAGCUGCCUCGAGUUGCUAAGUCCAAGUUCUUUGAGGACAGUGAGGAUGAGUCAGAUGAGGCGGAUGAGGAAGAGGAAGACAGUGAGGAAUGCAGUGAGGAAGAGGAGGAGGAAGAGGAAGAAGAAGAUGGCUACAGCAGUGAAGAGGCAGAGAAUGAGGAAGAAGAGGAUGAUACUGAGGAGGCUGAAGAGGAUGAUGAUGAUGAAGAAGAAAUGAUGGUGCCUGGGAUGGAAGGCAAAGAGGAGCCUGGUUCUGACAGUGGAACAACAGCAGUGGUGGCUCUGAUACGAGGGAAGCAGUUGAUUGUAGCCAACGCAGGAGACUCUCGCUGUGUGGUAUCUGAGGCUGGCAAAGCUUUAGACAUGUCCUAUGACCACAAACCAGAGGAUGAAGUGGAGCUAGCACGCAUCAAGAAUGCUGGUGGCAAGGUCACGAUGGAUGGACGAGUCAACGGAGGUCUUAACCUCUCCAGGGCCAUUGGAGACCACUUCUACAAGAGAAAUAAGAAUCUGCCACCUGAGGAACAGAUGAUUUCUGCCCUUCCUGACAUCAAGGUGCUGACUCUCACUGAUGACCAUGAAUUUAUGGUCAUUGCCUGUGACGGCAUCUGGAAUGUGAUGAGCAGCCAGGAAGUUGUAGACUUUAUUCAAUCAAAGAUAAGCCAACGUGAUGAAAAUGGGGAGCUACGGUUAUUGUCAUCCAUUGUGGAAGAGUUGCUGGAUCAGUGCCUGGCACCAGAUACUUCUGGGGAUGGUACAGGGUGUGACAACAUGACCUGCAUCAUCAUUUGCUUCAAGCCCCGAAACACAGCAGAGCUCCAACCAGAAAGCGGCAAACGGAAACUGGAGGAGGCACCCUCUGAUGAGGGGACUGAAGAAAAUGGCAACAGUGACAAGAAGAAAGCCAAGCGGGACUAGUAGUCAUCCAGAUCCCUGCCCACCUGGACUGUUUUUUGAGCCCUCCGGACCUGAGACUGAAUUUUGUCUUUUUCCUUUAGCCUUAGCAGUGGGUAUGAGGUGUGCAGGGAGAGCCGAGUGGCUUUCCACAGCCCAUUCCAAAGAGGCCGCUCUCCUUCCACACGGCAGCCUGGAGCCUCUGAUGUCCUCUCCGGCCUCCUCGCUCCUUUGGGCUCAUCACCAGUGGGUUCUGUGCCUGUGCUCUGUUGUGUUGGAGGGAAAGACUGGUGGUUUCUGGUUUUUACUCUGUGAACACUUUAUUUAAGAACAUUCUUUUUUAUUAGCGGCUCCCUGGUCCCCAGCCGCUUGUGCCCACUCUGUUGUACACUUUCAAUCAACACUUUUUCAGACUAAAGGCCAAAACCUAA